UUCAGGUUUCAGCAUUUGCUUUUAUCUCCGUCGCUGCCGCUGCCGUUGAGCUGUUUUUAAGACAGCCGGGCAGUCAGGCAGCUUUCUCGGACGUGUGAAAAGCUGUCUUCGUUUUUGGACUUGUUGGAGUUUGGAGAAGCGUUGAAGAAAUGACUCUAAUGUCGAGGAAAUAGCGAGUUUGUUUUCCGGAAUACUUGAACUGAACCAUUGACCUGUCAGCAUGAGAAGCAGGAGCAACUCGGGCGUUAAACUGGACAACUAUGCCCGGAUGGUGCACCAAACUAUCUUAAGGCACCAAGAUCCAGUAACGGGUCUUCUACCAGGCAGUCCAGAUCAGCCCCACUCAUGGGUCAGAGACAAUGUUUACUCCGUGCUGUCCGUGUGGGCCCUCAGUUUGGCCUACAGGAAGAACGCUGACAGGGACGAGGACAAGGCCAAGGCCUAUGAACUCGAGCAGAGUGUGGUGAAGCUGAUGAGAGGCAUCCUGCAGUGUAUAAUGAGGCAGCUUGACAAGGUGGAGAAGUUUAAAUACAGCAGAAGUACCUCAGACUCGCUUCACGCCAAGUACGACACGAGGACCUGCGCUCCUGUCGUCGGGGACGACCAGUGGGGUCACCUGCAGGUCGACGCCACCUCGCUGUUCCUUCUGUUCCUCGCUCAGAUGACGGCGUCAGGUCUUCACAUCGUCUACACCCAGGAUGAAGUGGACGUUGUUCAGAAUCUCUUGUUCUACAUUGAGGCAGCUUACAAAGUGGCUGAUUAUGGGAUGUGGGAGAGAGGAGAUAAAACCAACCAGGGCAUCAUUGAGAUUAACGCCAGCUCUAUCGGCAUGGCUAAGGCGGCUCUGGAGGCUCUGGAUGAACUCAACCUUUUUGGAGCUAAAGGAGGGCCUGGAUCAGUGGUGCACGCCUUAGCUGAUGACAUUCAGCACUGCCAGUCCAUCCUCACGUCUAUGUUACCCCGAGCGUCCAUGUCUAAAGAGGUGGAUGCUGGAGUUCUGGCGAUCAUCUCCUACCCUGCUUUUGCUGUGGAGGACAUCGGCAUUGUCAACAUGACCAAGGAGGAGAUCAUAUCCAAGCUGCAGGGUCGAUACGGCUGCUGCAGGUUUCUCAGAGACGGACACAAAACACCUAAAGAGGAUCCGAACCGUCUGUAUUACGAGUCCGCAGAGCUGAAGCUGUUUGAAAACAUCGAGUGCGAGUGGCCUCUCUUCUGGACCUACCUCAUUCUGGACGGCAUUUUUAUCAACAGCCCUGAACAGGUGCAAGAGUACCAGGAGGCUCUGGAGGGGAUCCUGAUCAAACAGAAAGACGGGAUCAGACUGGUCCCAGAGCUCUACAGCGUCCCUCCAGAUAAGGUGGAGGAGGAGUGCAUGAACCCUCACUCUGUAGAGAGGGUCCCGAUGGGUAAUUGUCCUCUGAAAUGGGGUCAGUCUCUGUACAUCCUGGGAAACCUUCUGUCUGAGGGAUUUCUCGCCCCUGGAGAGAUCGACCCUCUGAACAGACGUUUCUCCACCAUCCCUAAGCCUGAUGUGGUCGUACAGGUGUCGAUCCUGGCAGAAACGGAGGAGAUUAAAGAGCUGCUGCUGAAAAACGGGAUAGAAGUGGAGACUGUUGCUGACAUCCAUCCCAUCCACGUGCAGCCCUCCAGGGUCCUGAGCCACAUCUACGCCAGACUCGGUCGCAACCCUCGGCUGGGUCUGACGGGUCGACCCUACAGGAGGAUCGGAGUGCUGGGAACCUCCAAGUUUUAUAUAAUCAGGAACACCAUGUUCUCUUUCACACCUCAGUUCAUCGACCAUCAGCAGUUCUACUUGGCGUUAGACAACAAGAUGAUCGUGGAGUCUUUGAGGACAGAAAUUUCCUACUUGGCAUCUCGGUGGAGGAUGACCGGACGACCCACUGUCAUGUUUCCUAUCUCACAGACGAUGCUGGCUGAAGACCACACAAAUCUGGACCCUGCAGUUUUGGCGACACUGAAGAAGCUUCAAGACGGAUAUUACGGUGGAGCAAGGAUCCAGACGGGGAAGCUGUCGGAGUUCAUGACCACCUCGUGUUUCGCUCACCUGAGCUUCCUGGACGGUAAGGGUUCUGGUAGCAUGAGCCGCCACGACGAAGAGUAUGAUGAUGAUGAGGCUGGCACCGAUGGAUACGUGCAUGAAUUACGUAAUGAUGAUGAGGCGGACGACCUCGCUCAGUACCUGGACCACCUGUUGGCUCACGCUGCACCAAAGAAGCCCAAAGAGCCGGUGAAGGGUCUGGGGAGGUUCAAGGCUGCGGCCGCCAAAACUAAAGAGAUGGUGUCUCUGAUGAAUAAAGCUCAGGAUCUCAACGUACACAAUGUGAACAUGUACCUGCCAAACAAGCUCUUCCGCACUCGACAACCCUCCCUCAACCUGAACCUCCCAGACCCGGUGCCAGGGCAGGAACCUCAGGUUCCAGCUGUGAUGGUCACGGCAGAGAGCGGGAUCCCACGGGACGCCAGUGGCGCCAUUGACUACAACGGUCUGACUCAGCUGCUCAGAGACACACAAAACCUCCAGGACCAGGCGGAUAUCCUCUACAUCCUCUUCAAAGACAAGGGCAUGGAUUGGGACACUCAUCUGCACGGUAAAGGCUCCACAGUCAGAUCUUUGCUCUCUGACCUUUACGAGAAGGCUGGUGAACUGAAACACUGGAGCCUCAUCAGGAUGAUCUCCGGUAUGCUGAGGAAGAAGGUGGAGGAGCUCGACUCGGCCUGCUCUGACCUCCUCGCUCAUCAGAAACACCUCACGGUCGGUUUACCUCCUGAACCCAGAGAGAAAACCAUCACGGCUCCAAUCCCUCCUGACCAGCUGGCCACUCUCAUCGAUGAAGCGAGCGACAACAACAUCAGCGUGGCCAUCCUCACCCAGGAGAUCAUGGUGUACCUGGCCAUGAGCAUCAGGACUCAGCCGAACCUCUUCAGCGAGAUGUUCAGACUCCGUAUCGGUCUCAUUAUCCAAGUCAUGGCCACUGAGCUCGCACAGUCACUCAACUGCUCAGGCGAUGAGGCCACAGAGAGCCUCAUGGGUCUGAGUCCAUCAGAACUGAAGAACCUCCUCCAUCACAUCCUCAGCGGGAAAGAGUUUGGAGUGCAGCGCAGCGUCAGAGAGAUGGAUGCUGGCGUCAGUCCUGCUAUUUCCAUCCAUCAGCUCGGAAACACGGGCGCCACGAAGAGUGAGAGAGCCGGCAUCAGCAAACUGAAGAGCGACAUGAAGAUGGCGGAGCACAGGUUGUCCAUAACGGAUCCAUCAAAGGAGCCCAGGUUGUCUUUGACAGAUCCUGCUGAGAUUGACCGUAGAGUGUCUUUGACCGACUCAGUGAAGCUCGACCAAUCACUGAGCCUCCCUCGCAAGGGCAUGCGAUCCCACUCCAUGGACAUAGAAAACAUUGAAUCUGGGAGGUACAGGCUGCCCUCCAUAGAAUCUUUGGACGUUCCGGACUGCAUCCCAGUUGCCAAGGAUACCCGGCACGGCCAAUGGCUGCGCAGGAGGCGUCUCGAUGGAGCCCUGAACCGAGUCCCUGUGGGUUUCUACCAGAAAGUUUGGAAGAUCCUGCAGAAGUGCCAUGGUCUGUCCAUAGAAGGUUUCGUUCUUCCCUCUUCAACCACCAGAGAGAUGACGCCAGGUGAGAUCAAAUUCUCCGUCCAUGUGGAGACAGUUCUGAACCGCGUCCCUCAGCCAGAGUACCGACAGCUGCUGGUGGAGGCCAUCCUGGUCCUCACCAUGCUUGCUGACGUGGAAAUACCAAGCAUCGGCUCCAUCAUCCACGUGGAGAAGAUCGUCCACCUCGCCAACGACAUGUUCUACAAAGACCAGAGGGAUCUGGGAGCUGAAGAGCACAUCCUUGAUCGGGAUCCGUCCACCGGAGUUUGCAAGCUGCUGUAUGACAGCGCCCCUAGUGGACGCUUUGGGAGCAUGACUUACCUCACCAAGGCAGUGGCAGUGUACGUGCAGGACUUCCUGCCUGGCGGUUCGUGUGCGGUGCAGUGAGAAAGGAGAAAAAGAGAAAACGCUCGAUAGAAAAGGGAAAUUAAUGCUGAGAUUGAUCAUGUUUGUUACAUUUAGAUAACAAGAAGAGGAAUAUAAACGAUGCAGUCCAACCAUGUUACACUUUUUACACUGUAAAUCAGAACAAACUGAAACAAACUCAGACAUGGUGAUCAAAAUAAUUUUCAGGGUUUUUUUUAGAUUGAAACACAUCGUUACAUAUGGCUCUCUGUUUUGGCAGCUUGGUCUGCAUGGAAACCUUCUUUCAUUUGUGCACUCAGAUUCUUCUACAAAACAAUCAGAGAAAGAAAACCCAGAGAGGAGUUAAAAGCUGUCUCAUUAUUUAACAACAGAAAGUAGCUCCAAACAGACUUCUAAUCUUAAAAAAAAAAAAACUGUCAACCUCAUCAAAAAUAAGACUGCUUUUAUCCAGUGUUAUAGCACCAGAAACCCUGAAUGACACCUGACAGUGAUCCUGAUACGAUUGUUAAUGAAUGAUAAAACGUUUCUUACUCUUCACUUUCCAAACAGCAGCAUUAUUGACCCAAGGACAUCAAAAUACAUAAAACUGUUGCUAAUUUUGUAGACUUUCAUCCUGGUGGCAGCUUUAGGGGACGGAUUCUUCACAAUGCAAAAUGUAAACAUCAUGGUCGUGAAGUUCUUGCUCUGAUUUUUCAGAUUUUAGUGAUUUAGUUUGUGUGUCAGAGAAACAGCACUCUUCCAUCAGCUCUCACAGACAGUAGGCUAAUCUUUACUCCAGUUAUGACUGUUUUUUCCCCAAAUGACUGCGUAAUGGUUCAGCAUCUCUGCGCAGCAGUGGGUAUGUGCAUUGGGAGCACAAUAAGAGGAGCAUUAAAGCUGUUUUGGUGCACAGUUUAGUGUGAAGCUUUGGCAAAACAUCACGCUACAUAUUCAAACACAUUUACGCAGCACUGACGACUGGCCUUUUAAAAGGAAUGGAAAAUAAAACUACUGCAGCACCAUUAUGCCACUGCUCUAAGCUCUUUUUGCCCUCCAGGCCUCUCAACGGUCACGUGACUGAAACACCAGGGAAUUUGUCAAAGCAGCUUUUGUUCAUCCGUCCAAAUUAAUCAUGAAAAAAGGCCAAAAUCCUGUUUGCCACUCAGAUCCUUGAUAAUGUUUUCCCUUUAAAGGCUUCCUAUAAAAUGUUUAAUCUACUUUAAAAUGGUUCUGAAAUUACCCAGAACACGGUAGGUGGAGUAGCUGUGGUUGUCAACAUUAAAAAUGGGCCAAUAUCUGUUUAAAGAACAUUUUUUUAAUCAAAAAAUACCAAAAUUUAAUUUAGUUAAGAUUUGAGUCAUUCUUCAACCUGAAGCUGCUGUGAGUGAAAGGGACUCCAAAUAUCACAAAUUUGUACAAAUAUUUGUGAAAUGUAGACGAUGUAAAGGCAUUUGCCUGUUUUUUAGUCAUUUAGAAGAAACCUACCAAUAUUGUCCUCUUUAAACAUUUUUUUAUUGCCAUGGCAUUGAAACAUUUAUUUAAAAUCUGGUGUUGUUAAACCUGAUGCAGAGCUCUCACUUUCAUUUAAGCUCUAAUAAAAACUAGAUUUGAAUAACAAUACUGAUAUAACAGCUAACAGUAAUGUUGGCUUUCAAUGUUUUUGUCCAUUUUGGUGUUUUUAUGGGAUUUUUGCAGCAAGUCAAAGAAACCCCUAUAAAAGCCUUAACAUUAAAAAUACUUGUCUCUACUUUUACUGCAGUGAUUUAAGUUUUUUUCUGGGAAAGAUUUGAAUGUAUUGAUUAAAUCCCUGGAAAAUUAAUGUGAUGGAAUUGUACCAUUUUCAUCUAGAAACCUCUCAGUUUUCAUGGCUUAUGAUAAAUGCUGUCAUUUUUAGAGAUUGUAACAUUCAGUUCUUGAACCAUGUUUUUGUUUGUUUGCAUGUCUGUAACUGAAGCUUAAACUUCAGAAUAAUGACUUUAAUUCAACCUAAUUUAUUAGCACACAUUUGUAUUGCAGCUCAGCCUUUAAAACCCACUUUACCUCUAAUCCUGCCUGCUGUAUGAUGUACAAAAUAACGACUAUUAAAGAAGCUAUCACUAUUUAUUUUAACUUCAAAAAUAUUGUCAAAGUCAGAACAGACAUACGGUCUGAAACAGAACGCACAUCUUUCUUGGAUGCCUUAACAUUUUUUUGCGUGUUUGUUAGUAAAGGAGUGUUUGGUUUGUAAUGAUGCAAAAACAACAAUGUGUAGAAAUAAAACUUCUUAUUUUUUAACACUGA